UGCGCAAGUUGUCUGGGAUAACUCUCUGUCACGUGACUUCCUGCGGCGACAGAGUGCUGCUGCAGUUUCUCGUCGGGAGCGCUCGGUGUACGGUGUGGAAAUUCCGUCAUGAACCGAACAACGGCGGCAUGAAGCUGCACGCUGAAAGCGGCACGUGAAUUGUUGCGCCUUCCGUCAACGGUAACCCGUCUCCGCAGACCAGUGGGAUUAACGGCUAUUUCUCUGUGGGAUUUAAAACAAGCGCGAUCCAGGGAUAAAUUUGUUCACUGUGUCGGGUGGAGGUGAGCGGGACACCAGCAGCGAGAAUGGCGGAGAGAAGUGGCCGGUUGAGCUUUCCUGGGAGCGGGGCCCUAAACAGACCCGUACCUAUGAACCUUUUCGCCACCUGGGAGAUAGACGGCUCCUCUCCAAACUGCAUUCCCAGGUUGUGCAGUCUGACAUUGAAGAAGCUUGUUGUGAUGAAGGAACUUGAUAAGGAGCUGAUUUCCGUAGUCAUCGCAGUUAAGAUUCAGGGUUCGAAGAGAAUCCUGCGUUCUCAUGAGAUAGUGCUUCCCCCUGCUGGUGGGGUGGAGACUGAUCUUGCGCUCACAUUCUCACUUCAGUACCCUCAUUUUCUAAAGAGAGAAGGAAAUAAGUUACAAAUCCUGCUUCAGAGGCGGAAGAGGUAUAAAAACCGAACCAUUUUGGGUUACAAGACAUUGGCUGCGGGUUCCAUAGACAUGGCAGAGGUGAUGCAGCAUCCGGCAGAUGGUGGGCAGGUCUUGGCUCUGUGCAGUAAUCAGAAAGAGUUUCUGGGUAAAGUUGCAGAGAUUUGGAUCUAUUCCCUGUCCAGUCAGCCAAUAGACCACGAGGAGGCGGCCAUUUUGGGACAGAAAAUCAAAUGUUCUGAUAAUUACUCAGAGGAAGAGUAUGAAAGCUUCUCAUCAGAGCAGGAGGCCAGUGAUGAUGCAGCACCGGGACAGGAUCUAGAGGAUGAUGAAUAUGAGAUGAGGAAGCCCAAAAAGCAAAGGAGGUCUAUAGUCCGAACGGCGUCGAUCACCAGGCAGCAGAACUUUAAGCAGCGCGUUGUAGCGUUGCUCAAACGGUUCAGAGUUUCUGAUGAGGUAUUGGACUCUGAGCAGGACCCAGCCGAGCCUCCUCCAGAGGUGGAGGAAGAUCUGGAUCUGGAGAGUUUGGAUUUUGAGAAUCCAAGUGACAGUGGACCAGAUCUGGACGAUGAUGAAAGUGUUCUGAGCACUCCAAAGCCAAAACUCAAGCCGUACUUCGAAGGGAUUUCUCUCUCCAGCUCUCAGACAGAAAUCGGCAGCAUUCAUAGCGUCCGCAGUCACAGGGAACCCCCCAGUCCGAUGGAUCCUGAUAAAAUGAGGGUUCUAUGUGGGAAGUUUCAGAUGGAUAAUGAAUCUGAUAAUGUUUCACUGGGUCAUCCUGAGGUUGUGACCCCAACAACAGAGUUGGAGAUGAUGGACAACAUAGACUCUUUCUUUGAGAGGUUGCCCCCUAUUGGCAGGAUGACCAAAACAGAAUCACUUAUUAUUCCAUCCAACCGGGUGGAGCCAAAGUUGGCAGGGCGACGAGGGCGGAGCACAUCCCUUAAAGAGAGACAGCCCAGCAGACCGCCCAAUGAGAGAGCCAACAGUUUAGACAAUGAGCGCUCAAUGGACACACGCUGCCACCUACAGAUUCCACGCAAAACCGUUUACGACCAGCUGAACCACAUCCUGAUGUCAGAUAGCCAUCUACCCGACAGCAUCAUCCUUAUCAACACCUCUGACUGGCAGGGUCAGUAUGUAUCGGAGGCAUUACAGAAUCACGGUUUUCCCGUCGUGUGUACGUGCACCACGGCAGACAUACAGGCUGCUUUCAGCACCAUCAUCUCGCGCAUACAGAGAUUCUGUAACAGUAACUCAGUGACUCCGUCUCCGGUGCGGAUCGGAGUAGCCGGCGCACAGCAUUACCUGUCUGCUGUUUUGCGUUUGUUUGUGGAUCACCUGACGCAUAAAACUCCCGACUGGCUCGGAUACCUGCGAUUCCUCGUCAUCCCUCUCGGAGUUCAUCCAGUGGCUAAAUAUCUGGCCAGUAUAGACUACAGAUAUAACAGCCUGUUCCAGGACUCAGCAUGGAGAGAUCUUUUCCAUAAACCAGAAGCUCCAAACUCGAUUCAGGACAGUCCUGAUGUGGUUUCCAGGGUAACACAGUACAUGUUGGGGGCAAAUGGAGCUCAUCAGCUGCCCAUAGCAGAGGCCAUGCUCACCUACAAACAGAAGAGGAAAAAGAGCUUUCAUUUUGAUUUUGCAGUAAGCCCUGAUGAAGACUCAUGUCAGAAGUUCAUUCCUUUUAUUGGGGUGGUAAAAGUGGGGAUCGUCGAACAAACGUCUGCCACAUCUGGCGAUUCAGAUGACGCUGCUACAGUGGGGUCUGCUCUUCUCUCCUCAACUCCUCCUGCACAGAUCUCCCCAUUAUUAAAAGAAGCAUCUCCAACACCUCCUUCAUCUCCCUCUGUACAAAUGUCCAGUUCUCCUGGAGGGGGCCAUGGGGAGCUGAUGGGACUUCAGGUUGAUUACUGGAUGGCUCCGUCUGAGAGAAAAAAAGAAGUGGAGAAGAAAGACUCCAAAAUCACGCUCAAGUGCACCUUUCGCUCCCUACAGGUUAGCCGCCUUCCACUGGGCGGAGCCGAAAUGACACAUCAGCCAACCAUGUCCAUGACUGUUGUCACCAAAGAGAAGAACAAGAAAGUGAUGUUUUUGCCUAAAAAGACCAAGGAUAAAGAGGCGGAGUCAAAGAGUCAGGUGAUUGAAAGCAUCAGUCGACUCAUCUGCACAGCCAAACAUCAGCAGACCAUGCUAAAAGUAUUGAUAGAUGGAGUGGAAUGGAACGACGUGAAGUUCUUUCAACUCGCCGCUCAGUGGUCGUCUCACGUGAAACAUUUCCCCCUUGCCAUUUUCGGACCCUCCAAAGGGCCUUACUGAAUUUGGGGCCAUCUGCACUCCUCUAUGCUACGGCUGCCUUUACUCUCAAUGCUGCCUGAUGUUUUUAUUUAAAAAUGUGCUUUCUCACAGUUUGCAUCUGUUUUUUAUUUUAAGACAUUGGUCGUUGUUUUAUGAAAGACUUGAUGCCAUUUUAUGUUGAGCUUUUAGAACCCUACAGUGUUUAGUAGUGAAAUGAAGACUAAUGAACUGAUUCUUAAAACCGAUUUAACUCCGUAACUAGUGAGUUUUUAGGUGGGUUUUGUCAUUCUGCAAAGCUGUCUUAACACAUCUCAGCAUCAGCACACUCGCGAAAGAGCAAACCAGCGAACGGAAGAGAACACGGUGCUUUUGUCAUACAAAAAAGACUGAAUCUGAACUAAAUUUGUAGAGGAUUGAUUUUCCAUUUGGAGUUCCCGUGUGAUGCCUUUGCUUUAUCCAGAAGACUCCAGAUUGUACAGCUUCGAUUGUAAGGUUGUAGAAAAGAACGUGACGUUCUCUUUCCUCAUCUUUUGUUUGCACCAUACCGACUCCCCAGUUACACAGUUAUGCGUGUGCAGCACAUUUGAAAUGGCUUCUGUUGUUUAUUUUUAUCUGUGUAUGUGUGUGUGAAUGUAUUCACGAAGGUACUGAACGCUAAAGCACUUUUGAAAUAUUACUAGAUUGUGUUUUUGUUAUAAUGCUUAUUAUACUGUUCACUCCAGCUAAAAAGCCUUGUGGAAAAUCUGCAGAAUCUGAGCGGAGUGUCUGUGGCCGCUGUCAUACCUGCACUCUUUAAAAUGUUUUUUUUUAAUGUAACAUUUUUUCAAAAUUCUUAAUGUGUGUUCUGCUUUGUUUGUUGGCUUGUUUUAGAGAUGUUUCUCGUUAGAUAUCCAAUGUUUCCCCAGAGAUGCUGUGUUGGAUUUGUGCCUAGAACACUUCUGGUGUGCAGGAGAAAACAUAUCAAAGAGGAUGUCUGGAUUCCACCCCAAAAUAAAAAAACAAAUCUAGAAUUUGUAUUUUAGUUUGAUUAACAACAUGCCUAUUAUGUAUACGGAUUAUAAUUAAUUAUCUUCGCUGUAAUGUUUAAAUCUAACCCAAAAUAUAUAUUUACCGUCAUACAGUAUAUUUUUACUGUAAUACAAGUCUAAUUAAAACUACGGUUGAGACAAAAUUCAUAAAAAAAAGAAAAAACUCAAGAGGCUUUGAUUUUGGGGUGAAAUGUGACAUGGACAUGUUUUCGAGUGACUCGCCUCAAAACGCUAAAUAAAGGAGCCACAUACAUAUUACAUUAAUCUCACUAAAUGUAGCAUAAGAAUUACUGUGUGCAUUUGGUGCCUGUAGGUGUCAUGAGCACAUGUAGUUGUUAAUGUCUCAGUGUUAUAAUGGCAUUAGAAAUACAGUUUUUGUAAGGCCUUUUAUAGUCUCUGAACAUUCUCACGGCCUCUCCCUUGCAGGAUUGUUGUUAGAUUUGCUUAGUCCUUAUUACAUGUAGAGCAGUUUGUAUGACUCACUUGCUCUUUAGAAUGCCAAAAUAUGUCAAAACUAACAAAUCAACCCCUUUAAGGGAACUAUCCAUAAUUCAGUCCACUGACUCACACUUGUUAUGCCGAAUGUAAGUAAAUGGCAGACCAGUGCAAUGAUGUCAGUGUUCUAUUUCUGGUCAUUAAAAAUUAAGUCGAAUUUAAUGGAAAUAGUUCACGCUUGACCAGACUGUAAAAGGUUUAUAAUUUAUCAUAUACACAGUAUGUAAGGAGUUGUGCUGAUGAUGUCAUCUUAUUGUUAAAGUUGUGCUAAAGGACUGUCUCUUUGCUUUUUGAAUUUAUACCUGCUACUAGUAUUCGUUUUUUAAAUAUAAUUUAAAUAUAUUUUAGCUUUAUAAUUUAAAUGCCCUGCUCCAAUUGUGGGGCAUUACUCAGAUAAAUUUGUAUGAAAAAAUACUAUACCACUGUAAUUCCUUACCUGUAAUUUAAUAAAACUACACACAUUA